AGUCACUUCCUCUCACCAAAUUAAAACUUAAUUAAGGUAUUUAAUUAAGGUUUAUAUUAAAACCCACGCAAUGCCGGUGCCGGAGCAAACUUUCCCGGGGUCCACUCCGUCGAGGGUUCGAGUGGUGAGCUCCACCCUCGUGAAGCCCCUCUACGAUGCCGGCGCAGGCGGUCCACCGCCCGCGACCGACCUCCGCGUCCGCCUCAGCCAGUUCGACAAGAUCACCUACGACACCCACAUCGCCGUCAUCUAUGGCUUCUCCCCUCCGGUGGCCGUCUCCACUGCCGACAUCGCCUUCGGCCUCGCCCGCGCCCUCGCCCACUACCGCGACUGGGCCGGCCGCCUCGCCUUCGACGUCGACGUUGAGGACGAGCCGUUCGUCCUCCUCAACGACGGCGGUGCUCGGUUCGUGGAGGCUUCUUCGGACGCCGCCUUCGACCGGGCGGCGCUGACGAAGCCUUCGCCGGCGCUGCUAGCCCUGCACCCGCCGAUCCACCCGGUGGGCCCCGAGCUGGUGCAGGUCCAGCUCACGAGGUUCGCGUGCGGGACCCUCACCGUGGGGUUCACGGCUCACCACCUAGUCGCCGACGGCCACGCGGCGAGCAACUUCCUCGUCGCCUGGGGCCGCGCCACGCGCGGGCUCCCGAUUGGUCACCCUCAAGUUAUUUACAACCGCGCGGCGCUCUUCCCGCCGCGGCGGCCGCCGCGCGUCGAGUUCGAGCACCGCGGCGCGGAGUUCGCCGCGAGGAAGAUGUUCGGGGCUUCCAAGGAGGACCCCCGCAAGGACUGCGUGGUGGUGCACCGCACCCAUUUCGGGAAGCAAUUCCUCGCCGGACUCAAGGCCAAGGCGUCCGCCACCGCCAGCGGCGGCGACUCGAGGCGGCGGUUCACCACGUUCGAGUGCCUGGUGGCCCACCUGUGGCGCGUCACUACCCGCGCACGCGGCCUCGACCCGCGGACGACCACUGAGGUGCGGAUCUCGGUGGACGGCCGCGCCCGCCUCCGGCCGCCCGUCCCCGACGAAUACUUCGGCAACCUCGUCCUGUGGGCCCUCCCCAGAUCUCCGGCCGGCGAUGUGUCCCAUCGCCCUCUGGGCCACGCCGCCACCAUCGUGAGCGACGCCAUCUCCCGUGUCGCCGACGACCGCUACUUCCGCUCCUUCAUCGACUUCGCCAGCUCGCCUGCGGUGCGGGCGGAGGACCUGGAGACGACCGCGGACGCCGUAGAGUGUGUCAUGAGCCCCCACCUCGAGGUGCACAGCUGGCUCCGCUUCCCCUUCCACGACGUCGACUUCGGCGCCGGCCACCCAUUCUGCUUCAUGCCGACCUACUCGCCGGCCGAGGGGAUGAUAGUACUCCUUCCGUCCGUCGCCGGAGACUCCGCCGCCGGCAUCGAAGUCUACGUGGCGCUCUUCGACCACAACUUGCCCGCCUUUAACCAACUCUGUUAUCAACUCGACUAAUUAAUCAAGUACACGAGUUGGUAGCCACGUGGAGAAACCAUGAAAGCUCCGUAUAUAGUUAUAUUUAUGAAGCUAAAGAAAUUAAAUAUUUAUAUUUUUGCAUGGAGAAAAAAAAUCUGCAGGAUAAUAUAAUGUUUUCUCUGAUAUUGUAAAAAUUAAUUCACAGUUAAUUAAUGUAUUAUAUAAAAAACAUAGUGUUCAAUAGAAGCCAUGCAAGGAAAUGCAGUGAUGGAGUAGCUAACUACGUACGUAAUGAUGUAUAUGUUUUGUUAUUA